GUGGCUGCUCAGGUCAAAGUCUGCAAAGAAGAAGCAAAACAAACUGUCAACACAAACCGAGACACAAACCGAUCGUACGUACACAGUACAGUACAGGACACUAGGGUUCCAGUCUGUUGUUGAAUUUUCUGGAAGUAGGGAAGCAGUCUAUAGAGCACCUCGACAACAUAAUUAGUCAUGUCUCAGUCUGAGUCAGUGGAACAAGUGGCCCCUGAGGCUAAUGGGGACUCCCCUUUCAUCAAACCAGUUAACGAGCCGUUGUUCAUGACAUCAUCGACCACCAGUGUGGAGCCAAGCUCUGCUAUAGCUAGUGCUGUCCCCGUGAAGCCAUACAACCCACAGCCGAAAAAAAGCGUAUUGGAAAUGACCUCGGUGUUGGAUAGCGACCGUCGUGCUCUGAUUGAGAGUGAGAGUGAUGAUUCUCUGAGCUCUGAUGACAGUGACUAUCAGAGGAUAGCUGUGAAGAAGAGGAGAGGCACAGGCACAGCCAGUGGACCAGCAAAAUGGUGGUUUCAAGAACCUGCUAUUAAGAAGAAUAUAUGCAUCGUGAUUGGAGCAUGGAUUCUGGUCUUCCUAGGAAUAGCUUCUUUCAUCACCGGCAUAGCCUUGGAGGGCGCCUAUCACACCGAGAAUCAGGACAUUUUAAGAGGAAUCAUCUUCUUCAUAAUCGCCGUUGUUGUACUCCUGCCGUCUGUGUAUGCAGUUGUCCACAUAUAUCUGGCUGCUAAGAGAGUUGGAGUGAUUCGCUUCAGCAAUGUCUGGUUCUUUCGAUAACAACCACCAACGAACAAUCUCACAAAAAAACUCUAUUAGAUUUACUGGUUUACUAUAAUUAUAUCAUUAUUUUAUUAUUUUUUAUCAUGACCCAAUCACCAUAUCGUUUGCUAAGUUGA